AUGCCCGUCAAGAACGAGCGCGUUGUACUGACACAGGCGGAACUUGAUCGCAUUCGAGCCAAGGUUACCAAGACCCCCGAGACAGAUGCUGAUGCCCGUCGCCGACACCUCAAGGUGCUCUCGGACGAGCGCGUGAGCCACUGGCCCAACACCCUCGAGGCGCAGCGACAGAACAAGGAGAAUUGGAAGAAACAGCAAGAGGAUCUGGUGGAGGCAAAACGAAGGGAUGUGGACAAGGAGGAGGCUCUCCUGCAGCGGCAGAUGAGAGCCGAGACGAUCAAGAGGGCCAACGACAAGCUGUACGAGCAGACGGGGAAGAUGAAGCUCCUGAGAAGCAACUUACUCUACGCCGAGGUUAUUGAGACACGAAAGGAACAGAUCGCCGAGAAGGCAGAGCGGCACACGGACGCGCAAGCCCUGGCUGCGGCUUACCACCAAGAGGUUAUCCGAAAGGUUGCCGAGGGAGACGCAGCGGAAAAGGCCACUGCUGACGCCCGUGCUGCGAAGGCGAGGACGACGGCCAGGGACCAGCAGCAACAACUGCGCGAGUUCCAAACGUCGUACAUCGCGAGCUUGGUCAAGGCCAAGGAGGACGGAGACGAGACGCAGAGGGCGGCCAAGGCCGCCAUCGAAGCGGAAGAGGACGAGAAGAGGGCCCUCAAGCUCAAGAACCGCGCGGAGAUGGAGAAGAUGCUCACGGCGAACAAGGACCUGCACCAAAGGAGAGCCGAGCGAAUAUCGGAAGAGUUGGCGUACAUGGAGAAGUGCCGGCAGCAGCGGGACGUGCUGGACAGGGCGGCGAGGGCUAGGAAGAGCCUAGAGACCAAGCGAUUCAACGAGAAACAGGCAAUAAGACAGCAGAUGAUCGACAAGGCCACAAGGGAGCUCGAAGCCAGCCGGAAGGCCGAGGACAACAAAGAAGAGAAGGAGGCUCUCCAGCAGAGGCAGAAGGAAGACGAUGCGGCCGCCAACAAGACCAAGGCCAGGGAAGAACUCCGCCUUCAGAUUGAUAGGAGCAGGGCGAUUCAGAUCAGGCAGAGGGCGGAGAAAGAAGAGGCUCAACGGGCCGAGGACAAAGAGAUCAACGCCUACUUCCGACAGAGAACCAGCGAGAUGGAUCGGCUGGACAAGGAGGAGGAGGCGGCUAGGCUGGCGCGCGAAAAGCAAUUGAGAAACUCUCAGAAGCUGCAGGCCAGAGAACGCAAUGCGAAGGACAGGGCGCUGCAGGCCUACGAGACCGUGAACCACGCCCGCACGAUCGCUGCCCAAGGGGACGAGGACGACCGGUUCAAGAAGAUCGUCCACGGCUACAUCGACGACUUCAAUGCGAAGGGGAAGUCGACGUACCUUCUGCACAGGACCCUCAAUCACAAGAACCCGGACAUGUUCCCCGCCGGAAACCUCAAUCUCUAG